GCCGUUGAUGAGUUUUCCCAUUAUGGCGGAGGGGCCAGCCGUGCGGAUGGACCGUCUCUCACACUCCGAUGCUUGUUUUGUGUCUUGAGAGAGGGCGUUGUAUUUUUUAUUUUUCUACAUUUACCCGCAUCGGGCUGGUUCCUUUUCAACUAGACGGCUCUCGUGUUCAUCGGUGAAGUCAUGGCAGACCGCGGCGGGGAUUUGUCCGCCCUGCCAAAAGAGGUUAGAGACCAACUGGCGGAGUUGGAUCUGGAGCUGUCUGAAGGUGACAUCACGCAGAAGGGCUACGAGAAAAAGAGAGCCAAACUGCUGGCCUCCCACAUCCCCCAUUUGCCAAAUGUGGAUUUGUCUCUGCCAGAUGUACAGCUUUCCCCUGGCCACAGUGCCGACCCCAGCCCAAGUCCUGAGGCCCCGGGCCCCUCCACAUCUUCAGCCUCCAGACACCACCGCUCACACCGCAGUGGAGGGGCUAGGGACGACCGCUACAGAUCAGACAUCCACACAGAGGCUGUACAGGCAGCACUGGCCAAACACAAAGAAGAGAAGAUGGCACUACCCAUGCCAACCAAGAGACGCUCAGCCUUUGUCCAGUCGCCCAUAGAUACCUGCACACCUCCAGACACAUCUUCUGCAUCAGAGGAUGAGGGCUCACUGCGUAGGAAGGCAGCUCUCAGUGCAGUGCUAGCCCAGAGCCUGCAGAGCCCUGAUUACUGGAUCAACCGUUCAGUCCAAAGCUCCUCCACGUCCUCGUCUGCAUCCUCCACCCUCUCCCAUGGAGAGCCCAAGAGCCAGCCCCAGCCCCAGCCCCAGCCCCAGCCUGCUGCUUCCUUGUUGGCCGAUUUACUGGCCCACACACGCAUUGAAAACAGCGUGCCCCCAGAUGUGACAUCCUCCACUCCCCAGGAGAGAGGGUCCAGGGUGGACCUGGCUCCAGCCGUCAGGGGCAUGAGCCGUGGACAGAGCCGCUCCAGCAUGAUUGAAACUGCUGAUGGCGUGCCUGUCAACAGCAGGGUGUCCACUAAGAUCCAGCAGCUGUUGAACACACUCAAACGGCCGAAGAGACCUCCACUCAGCGAAUUCUUCCUCGAUGACUCUGAGGAAAUUGUAGAAGUGCCCCAGCCUGACCCCAACACCCCGAAGCCAGAAGGACGUCAAAUCAUCCCGGUGAAGGGGGAGCCCCUUGGAGUGGUCAGUAACUGGCCUCCUGCUCUGCAGGCUGCCCUAGCCCGCUGGGGGGCCACCCAGGCCAAGAGCCCUGCCCUCACUGCUCUGGACAUCACCGGCAAGCCCCUCUACACCCUCACAUAUGGAAAACUAUGGAGUCGCAGUCUGAAAUUGGCCUAUACACUGCUGAAUAAACUGGGCACCAAGACAGAACCUGUCCUACAACCUGGAGAUCGGGUGGCACUGGUGUAUCCCAACAGCGACCCUGGCAUGUUCUGGGUGGCUUUUUAUGGCUGUCUGUUAGCUGAGGUCAUCCCUGUGCCCAUUGAGGUACCAUUGUCACGACAGGAUGCAGGCAGCCAACAGAUUGGCUUCUUAUUGGGCAGCUGUGGUGUUAGUCUAGCCCUGACCAGUGAGAUUUGUCUCAAAGGGCUGCCCAAGACACCUAACGGAGAGAUCAUCCAGUUCAAAGGAUGGCCACGGAUGAAAUGGGUAGUGACAGACACCAAGUAUCUGACCAAACCGUCCAAAGACUGGCAGCCUCACAUCCCCACCGCCAACACAGACACUGCCUACAUCGAGUACAAAGCAAGUAAGGAGGGGACAGUGAUGGGAGUUGCUGUCUCCAAGAUCUCCCUGCUGACCCACUGUCAAGCCCUGACGCAGGCCUGUAACUACUGUGAAGGGGAGACACUGGUCAACGUGUUGGACUGCAAGAAGGAUAUGGGCAUGUGGCAUGGUGUCUUAACGAGUGUCAUGAACAGAAUCCACACCAUCACAGUGCCAUAUGCUGUCAUGAAGGCAUGUCCCAUGUCCUGGGUACAGAGGGUCCACAUUCACAAAGCACGUGUGGCCUUAGUGAAGUGCCGGGACCUCCACUGGGCCAUGAUGGCCCACAAGGACCAGAGGGACAGCAGCCUGUCCUCUAUCCGUAUGCUUAUUGUGGCUGAUGGAGCAAACCCAUGGUCUGUGUCGUCGUGUGAUGCCUUCCUGAAUGUGUUCCAGUCUCAUGGCCUGAAGCCUGAGGCAAUCUGUCCAUGUGCCACCUCUCCUGAGGCCCUGACUGUGGCCAUACGCAGGCCUGGUGCACGAGGAGCUCCACUACCAGCCAGAGCCAUCCUGUCCAUGGGCGGACUGAGCCACGGGGUGAUCAGGGUGAACACGGAGGACAAGAACUCUGCUCUCACUGUUCAGGAUGUGGGCCACAUCAUGCCUGGAGCUCUGAUGUGCAUUGUGAAACCGGACGGGUCACCUCAGCUGUGCAAGACGGAUGAGAUAGGAGAGAUUGUUAUCAACUCUCGGGCUGGAGGCACCAUGUAUUACGGCCUGCCUGGUGUCACCAAAAACACAUUUGAGGUGAUCCCCGUCAACCAAGCCGGAGCACCCAUAGGAGAAAUUCCCUUCACACGGACUGGUCUUCUUGGAUUUGUAGGACCAGGCAGUCUGGUGUUUGUUGUGGGGAAGAUCGAGGGGCUGCUGAUGGUGAGUGGGCGACGCCACAACGCCGACGACCUGGUGGCCACCGCGCUGGCAGUGGAGCCUGUCAAAACAGUUUACAGGGGAAGGAUCGCUGUGUUCUCAGUGACGGUGUUUUAUGAUGAGAGGAUAGUGAUUGUGGCAGAGCAGAGGCCUGAUGCCAGUGAGGAAGACAGCUUCCAGUGGAUGAGUCGAGUAUUGCAGGCCAUCGACAGCAUCCACCAGGUCGGCCUGUACUGCCUAGCUCUCGUCCCGGCCAACACCCUCCCAAAGACGCCCCUUGGAGGCAUCCACAUCUGUGAAACCAAGCAGAACUUCAUGGAGGGAAACCUGCACCCUUGUAAUAUCCUCAUGUGCCCGCACACCUGUGUUACCAACAUGCCCAAGCCACGGCAGAAACAGCCAGUGGAUGUCGGCCCUGCUUCUAUGUUGGUCGGCAACUUGGUAGCAGGGAAGCGGAUCGCCCAGGCUACAGGCAGAGAGCUGGGUGUGGUGGAGGACCAGGAUCUGAUCCGAAAGCACCAGUUUUUGUCUGAAGCUCUGCAAUGGAGAGCUCAAACUGACCCGGACCAUGUCCUAUAUGUGCUGCUCAAUGCCAAGGGGGUGGCAGUGUGCACAGCUACUUGUGCUCAGCUGCACAAGAGAGCAGAGAAAAUCACAGCGACCAUAAUGGAGAGAGGAGGCCUCAACACAGGAGACAAUGUGGUGCUGCUUUAUCCCCCAGGUAUUGACCUAAUCGCUGCCUUCUAUGGCUGUCUCUAUGCGGGGGUCAUCCCUGUGACGGUGAGGCCGCCCCACCCACAGAACCUGGCUGCUACUCUCCCCACUGUCCGCAUGAUCAUCGAUGUGAGCAAAGCAGCCUGCAUCCUCACCACUCAGCCUCUUAUGAGGAUCCUCAGGUCCAGGGAGGCUGCUGCCAGCGUCAACAUCAAGACAUGGCCCACGAUCAUCGAUACAGAUGAUCUCCCCAGAAAACGUCCUCCACACAUUUACAAACCGCCUACAGCUGAGAUGCUGGCCUACCUGGACUUCAGUGUGUCCACCACCGGAAUGUUGACUGGUGUCAAGAUGUCUCAUGCUGCAAUCAGCACUCUGUGCCGCUCCAUUAAGCUGCAGUGUGAGCUCUACUCCUCACGCCAAAUAGCCAUCUGCCUAGACCCAUACUGUGGCCUGGGCUUCGUCCUGUGGUGCCUCUCCAGUGUUUACUCAGGUCACCAGUCCAUCCUUAUCCCUCCUCUGGAGCUGGAGAGCUCGCUGCCUCUGUGGCUGAGCAUGCUCAGUCAGUACAAGAUCAGAGACACCUUCUGCUCCUACUCUGUCAUGGAGCUCUGCACCAAAGGCUUGGGAACCCAGACCGAGAUGCUGAAGGCACGGGGUCUGAAUCUGUCGUGUGUGCGAAGCUGUGUGGUGAUAGCAGAGGAGCGUCCUCGCCUCGCUCUCACGCAGUCCUUCUCCAAGCUCUUUAAAGAUCUCGGCCUAUCGGCGCGUGCCGUCAGCACCGCCUUUGGCUCCAGGGUCAACCUGGCCAUCUGCCUGCAGGGCACUGCUGGACCAGACCCCUCCACCGUCUAUGUUGACAUGAAGUCCCUGCGCCACGACAGGGUGAGGCUGGUGGAGCGAGGAGCGCCACAGAGCCUUCCACUCAUGGAGUCGGGCACUAUCCUACCAGGAGUGAGGGUCAUCAUAGUCAACCCAGAGACCAGAGGUCCGCUGGGAGAUUCACAUCUUGGAGAGAUCUGGGUGAACAGCCCUCACAGUGCCAGUGGCUACUACACCAUCUAUGGGGAGGAGAGCCUGCAGGCAGAUCACUUCAACACCAAACUCAGCUUUGGGGAGCCCCACACUCUGUGGGCCAGGACGGGCUACCUGGGCUUCAUCAAGAGGACUGAGCUGCUGGAUGCAAGCGGAGAUCGUCAUGAUGCCUUGUUUGUGGUGGGCUCUCUUGAUGAAACGUUGGAGUUAAGGGGGCUGCGCUAUCACCCCAUCGACAUCGAAACAUCUGUGUCCCGAGCACACCGCUGCAUCGCAGAAAGUGCUGUGUUUACAUGGACCAACCUGCUGGUGGUGGUGGCGGAGCUGAGCGGCUCGGAGCAGGAGGCCUUGGACCUGGUGCCCCUUGUCACCAACGUGGUCCUGGAGGAGCACCACCUCAUCGUCGGGGUAGUGGUCAUCGUGGACCCCGGGGUGAUCCCCAUCAACUCCAGAGGAGAGAAGCAGAGGAUGCACCUGCGAGACUCCUUCCUGGCAGACCAACUGGACCCAAUCUACGUGGCUUACAACAUGUGAUUCAACUGAUGAAAAUGCAGAAAACUGAGCCAGGCUCAGAAAACAGACGUGAGGGAGAAGGACUUUGGGGUGCAUUCAGUAGAAACCCUGAUGUUCAAGCUCAGAUACACAUUUAAAACACCAAACAAUGUGGGGAUGCAAGUACAGUUUGAGUACUGUAAUGAAAACACGCUUCCCUUUCAGAAACUAUUUCUUCUUUGCUUCCACCUGCUCAAUCGCUGCAGCCGGUUCACUGAAAUCUACUGAGGGGGGCGGACAUUUUCUGUCCUCUUGAUAGUAAAUCCACUUGUCAAAUGGAGGAAAUUGAAUCUUCAUUCUCUCCGUGCAUCCCACUUCUCCCUCAUGGCUCCAGUUUGUGUUUUUAAAGACGUUUUUAGUUCCAUACUUUCACCCUCCUUCCAUUCCUUGGUUUUUAUCCUGAACCCUUCAUCCUCGUGUGCUUCUUUUUUUAACCCCAUUGAUUCUUGAAGGCAGGAUGGCACACUCAAACUGUUGAGAGGAGCUGGAACUUUCAUCCUCUUGCACUUUAAGUCCUUGCACCUCUGAGUCCGCUUCCUGCCUCAAAGGGACUCCCCCCAUGUUUGCUGCUUUCAUGAGAGCAAAUCCACAUCAGUAUUAAAUAGUGCCACCAGUGAGUGCAGCCCUACGAGGGCGGUCGUGGCAGAUUGCCUGCCCCCCCCCCCCCAGGUGCACAAUGGCUCUCAGUUCCCAUCCCAUACUGGAGACGUGCUGUUGGCAUUCACACGUUACAAAAUGUCCGAAAAAAAUACACUUGAAUCAUUUGUUGGUGUGGGAAAAGAAAGACUUGCUUCUUAAACAUACAAACCUGGAUAUUAUCGUUGAUGGGCAGAAACAUUUCGAUGUGAGUCAGUCCGUUAGAUGAUUGUGAAAUACUAAUACCAUUUUUUUAAAUGCACAGAUUUUCAGACAAAGAAUCUAUACCUGGUGGUUUAGGUGCGCAUGCUAAUUUUGAACGCAGUCAAUGACAAUAUGCAGGCCAUGAAAAAACAAAAAUCUGUAACAAGCCAUGGAGUCACGCAGCAGUGGAUUGAUUAGUAGUGUUAACUAAAAGGGGGAGAAUUGAUCACCGACUUCAGACAGACUCAUUGAAUGAGGACUGAGUAAUACGAGUGAAAGCUCCAUAACAGGUGAGUGAACCUUGUUUCCUGGCUUGAACGGAAGUGAGCCGCUAGCUUUCAGUCUGUGUGUAGUUUCCCGCGUUAAAGAAAAGAGCAUCUUUCACUUAAUGUUAGCGUCAGUCGAUUAGAUAAAUGUAGAUCAUCAGAAGGCAAGUCAGUGCCUUUUUAUCACGGUGAUAUUAAUGAUUACAGACUGUCAAAGUUUGAAUAAAUACAAUAUCAAAAAUGAGGACAGAACUUUGCCUUACUAAACUUAUGGAAUUCUGUACUUUUUAUGUUUUAAUCCCUCAUUUCUAGCUGUACUGUUCGUGUAUUUAAAGGACUAUUCCACCGUUUUUCACUCGUGGAAUCUGACUGCCGUUUAUAACUCAUAAUACACUCAUAAUAUCUUAUGUUUUAGAGGAAAGGGGGGUGUCUAGUUCUUUUUGCAAAAACCUUUGCGGUCUGGACUUUCUCAUUUCAUCAUUACCAUUUAAACCAAUUUCUCUGAAUGUCUGUAACACUGAAAUAAAAUUAAUUAGGAAUUAACAAUCAGUAAGGAACCCGUGAUUAAAAAAUGGCAGAAUCCUCCUUUUAUAUAUACAAUAUGGAGGUAAUAAAUGAGGGUGAUGAUGUUGUCUGUAUACUGUAUUUUAGAGGUCAAAUAUUACUGGUGUUAAUGUGUACAUGGAUAUGAACUUUGUCGAUAAAAACUUGACUGAUCUUUCAUACUUGACAGCAUUUUUCUGCAUUGUUAAUUUAAUGGUAUCACAUUGCAAAAGAGGAAAAAAAGGUUUCAGAUUAUUUUGGCAGGAACAAUGUGCACUUUCCCAAUAUCAUUUUAUGUGUGUGCGUGUGUGUGUGUGUGUGUGCGCCUGAGGGAGUGUGAGUGUGUCCAGUUCAACAGUGAUAAUUGGCUUUACUGGUGCAACAAGGUUUGUCUUUUGUAAGAAAAUGAUCCCAAAAUAUUGAACCUUUUUUUUGUUGAUUUAUUCUUUUUUAUGUCGCCACCACUGUAUUUUAAUUAUUUCGAUCCGAGUUUGGAAUCCGAUGUUUUAUAGGGAUUUUAUCAAUAUUUUCUUGAUAUAGUCUUUCUUUAAAACGGCACAACUUCUGCAGACAGAUGAUUUGAUUUAAAAGCAGCUCGACAUAAAGCACAACACGUCAGUAAACCACUUUUCAUCCGUGACAGACACUGAUGACAUGUCGGCCAGACAGUAUAUGGCCGCAUUAGAGCUUCUGAGCUGCUGUGUGAUAAUUGCUUUGUUGCUACUGUUUCACUUUGACAAGUUUUAAUAAAGUUUUAUAAUGUCA